AUGACAUUUGGUGAUUUUAAUUAUAUCUGUAAUCAAACAGCAUUACCACUAUGUCAAGUGGUUUCAUUCACAAAACCAACAGAUUAUCAACAUCUGAAUAAUGGUAUAGUACCGAUUUGUUAUGCAAGAUCUAUUGAAUUAGCAAAUACUGUUAUUUUCCAAAUUGGUAAUGCAUUUGCAAAUAUAGCAGGUUUAGGUGUUUUCCUUAUUAUUAUUUAUCAUAUUAGAUCCAAAUAUACUGCUAUUGGUAGAUUAGAGAUGUUAUUUUAUUAUAAUUUAUUAUUAGCUUUAAAUGUUUGUUCAUUAGUUGUUGAUUGUGGUGUUAGUCCACCAGGUUCAAAAUCUUAUCCAUAUUUAGUUGCAGUUCAAUUAGGUUUAAUAUCGGCUUCAUGUUGGGCUUUAAUGAUUUGUGGUCUUUUAGGUUUUAGAAUAUGGGAAGAUGGUACGAAGAGAUCAAUGUGGUUUAUUAGAUUAAGUUCUUUUGCUUAUGGUGGUCUGACAUUUAUUAUUUCAUUAUUAACAUUUCAAGAUUGGAUUAAAAAUGGUACAUUAGAUCGUUCAAAUACAAUGGGUCUUUUCGUAUUAAGUUAUUUAUUCAAUGCAAUCUUAUUAGCUACAUUUAUUGUUUGUCAAACUUUAUUAGCCAUCUUCCUUAUUAAAAAUUAUUGGGUUAUUGGUGUUAUUGCAUUAGUUGUUAUAUCAUUUGUUGCAGGUCAAGUUAUAUUAUAUGGAUUUUCAAGACAAAUUUGUGAAAAUGUUAAACAUUAUCUUGAUGGAUUAUUCUUUGCAAGUCUUUGUAAUAUUUUUGCAAAUAUGAUGCUGUAUAAAUUUUGGGAUAUGACUACUGAUGAUGAUUUAGAAUUUAGUAUUAGUAUAAAUGAAGAUGGUGAUGUGCUGUAUGCUGAUAAAUAA